ACAUUUCUCCUCCUACAUGCACUUUCUUGUCUGGUCUUCUAAACUCUUCUCCCAACCUUUUGUUCUUCAACUAUUUUGAGAUAGUUAAUACUAGUUUUUGGGAGAUUGCAUUGCACCCAUAUGGCAUGUCUAAAUAACAUAUGCAAAGAGGUGAGUACUGAAAAGAAGAUUGCAAUGGAGGAAGAGGUAUACACUUUAGAUGGAGCUGUGGAUCGACAUGGUCAUCCCGCAAUUCGAGGCAGAACUGGAACUUGGGUAUCUGGAAUUCUACUGCUAGUUAAUCAAGGGCUGGCAACAUUGGCAUUCUUCGGAGUUGGGGUCAACCUGGUGCUAUUCUUAACGAGGGUGCUAGGCCAGGACAUCGCUGAUGCUGCAAACAACGUCAGCAAAUGGACCGGGACGGUCUACAUUUUCUCUCUGCUUGGUGCCUUUCUUAGUGACUCUUACUGGGGAAGGUACAAGACUUGUGCCAUAUUCCAGGCUGUCUUUGUUGUUGGUUUGGUGUUGUUAUCAAUUUCUUCCUCUGUCUUAAUCAAGCCUAGCGGCUGCGGUGAUGAAGAAACUCCAUGUGGAUCUCACUCUGCUUUCCACAUCUUGUUCUUCUACUUUGCAAUAUACCUCGUAGCCCUGGGAAACGGAGGUUACCAGCCUAACAUUGCCACAUUUGGCGCUGAUCAGUUUGACGAGGAAGACCCUAAAGAAGGGCACUCAAAAAUAGCCUUCUUUAGCUACUUCUAUUUGGCUUUGAACCUUGGAUCACUCUUUUCAAACACCAUAUUGGGCUAUUUUGAGGACCAGGGCAUGUGGACGCUCGGAUUUUGGGCAUCCGCUGGCUCUGCCUUUGUGGCAUUAGUCCUGUUUCUGAUUGGGACACCGAGGUAUAGGCACUUCGAACCCAAGGGCAACCCUCUCUCAAGGUUUUGCCAAGUAUUUGUUGCUGCAACGAGAAAAUGGAAGGCUGACAUGACGCCAGGAGGAGAGAAUUUGUUUGAACUGGAUAGAAAGGAAUCUGCCAUGAAUGGGGCUAGAAAGAUAAUCCACACAGAAGGUUUCAGGUUUUUGGAUAGAGCGGCAAUUAUGACACCGAAGGAUUAUGCUAGGCAAUUGAGAACUUUGGAUGGCCGCAAUCCAUGGCAUCUCUGCACAGUAACACAAGUUGAAGAAGUCAAAUGCAUACUGAGACUCCUCCCAAUUUGGCUAUGCACCAUUCUAUACUCUGUGGUUUUUACUCAAAUGGCAUCACUCUUUGUAGAACAAGGGGAUGCAAUGAAAACAACCAUUUCAAAUUUCCACAUACCAGCGGCGGGCAUGUCUAGUUUUGACAUACUCAGCGUGGCAACAUUCAUUUUCAUUUACAGGCGAGUUCUUGACCCUAUUGUUGCAAGAAUAAAGACAAAACCAAAGGGCCUCACUGAGCUCCAGAGAAUGGGGAUUGGGCUUGUUAUAGCUAUACUGGCAAUGGUCGCAGCCGGAGUUGUAGAGCUUUUCAGGUUAAAGUACGCAAACAAAGAUUGCCCGAGCUGUGAAAAUGCAAGCUCUUUGAGCAUAUUUUGGCAAAUUCCUCAGUAUAUGCUUAUAGGAGCGUCUGAGGUAUUCAUGUAUGUUGGUCAAUUAGAAUUUUUUAACGGGCAAGCACCGGAUGGGUUAAAGAGCUUUGGAAGUGCACUUUGCAUGACAUCUAUAUCAUUGGGAAAUUACGUGAGCAGCUUGCUCGUGACAAUUGUCAUGAAAAUAUCUACAAGAGAUGAUAUGCCAGGAUGGAUCCCAGGAAACAUCAACAGAGGUCAUCUGGACAGAUUCUAUUUCCUGUUGGCAGCUUUGACAACAGCUGAUCUAGUGGUCUACUUAAUAUGCGCUAAGUGGUAUAAAUAUAUUAAGUUUGAAGGAAGGAGCGGAGAGGAUCAUAAUAGCAAUGAUGGGCAGGCAGCAGCAGAGCUAAGUGUUUAAGGUGUAUCAGCCUUAGGGUCAAGUUAUGUCAAUGGGUGUUUGACUCUAAGCGGGCAUAGUGGCGUGACAUGUUUUGGAGAUCAAUGCCUUGGGAUUCACUUGUGAUGUGAUCUAAAUAAAGCACAAAAAAGGGAACUCUACUAUGGAUUACUGGAGUGUGAAGAAAUUUAAGAAAGAAUUAGUCGUUCUGCGCUGAAACUGGGAGAAAUUAAGGCCAAGGGAUCGGGAUGGCAUUUUCAUUUCUUUAUAUCGAGCUAGCAUUGAGAUUUAUUAUAAAUUAUUCUAAAUUAAAGACUAGUUAUUGGAUCUGAUCGAGUUGCAACAUCCAUCAGUUACUAUUUCGGUAACAACACCACGAACGUAUGUUCACAUCAUCACCGGCCAUCAAUAAUAUUCACAUUAUUCAUACAGCAUAACGUAUGGGUGUUUCCUAGUUGGGUAGGACAGUAUAUCGUUUGAUUCGUUUCUCUUUCUUAAAUAUCUUGAUUGAUCAAGAUUUCAAUAUUUGGGGGGAAAAGAAAAUGAUUAAUAGAAUUUCGAAUAUUCAUGAACCUAAAGAAACAAAGUAGAUUAUGGUGUCGAAGGUGGAAGACGGGUUAAUGUCAUGCAACUAAAUAAUAUUAACUAAUUGAAAUCAUGUAACGUAGUGAUUCUGUACUUGCUACUUAUGUGGCAAAAUUUUGGAAACAGAUGAGAAUAACACUCAUCUAGUCCAAUGUCUGCUUCUAUUCUCAUGCUUGAUCCCUUACUCUUUUCUCGUUCAUCCUUUUUAAGCUGUGAGGUAAUACGGAACUCGAAAUCAACGUACAAAUAUUAUCUUGUUGGUCAUGAAUUUGAUAGGUGAUGUGAAAGGAAAGGUAGCAGUUAUGGUGGAUGAAAUGAUUGACCCUGCUGCAUGUGUUCCUUCUGAGUUCCUUCACGAGCAUUUAUCACAAUGAAAAUAGGCAGUUGGAGAUAGCAGGUACCCUUGCUUCCCAAAUUUAGAAACAUAUGAUGUAUGAUGAAAUGGUCAUUAAAAAGGCCCUAUAGAAGGUUAUAUUGAUUGCUUUUUUGCAAUCAUUGCAAAAUCUGUGUUUGAAAUCGUAAGUUUUUUGUUUUACUGAGUUCUCUUGUUUGUAUGUUCUUCGGUAAAAAUAAGUAUAUCCAAUGGUAUUUGUAGAAGGAGAAAAAUUUUA